GUACAAGAACUCCUCCACACCUAUACAUACAUAUAAAACAUACACACAUAAGCUCUUUGCAAUAUUUGCUUACAAAUUAUAUAUAACUUAUAUAUAUAAUUCUAGCUCUGCUCUGCUACUUCUGCUUCGACCCAAAUCUUUUUCUUCUCUCGUUGAUUUUGAGAACAAACAGCUGCCAUUCAUCUCUGUUGUUUGGUUCAGUAACUGAUAUUUUAAGGAGGGUUUAUUCUGGGGUCAUUUUAAGUGGGGAUGGCUGGGACUGCAAGUGAUGAAUCUGGAGUUGGAAGCUCGGUGGAGGGAAGUGGGCAGCAGCGUUGUCAAUCUAGUGAAGCAUUGGCUGAAUGGCGGUCUUCUGAACAAGUGGAAAAUGGACUAACUUCAACUUCACCUCCCUAUUGGGACACUGAAGACGAAGAUGAUUUUGGGCCAAAACCUUCUGAGCUGUAUGGGAGGUAUACAUGGAAGAUAGAUAAGUUUUCUCAAAUCAACAAGAGGGAGCUUCGUAGCAAUGCAUUUGAAGUUGGUGGCUACAAAUGGUACAUCUUGAUUUAUCCCCAAGGCUGUGAUGUCUGCAAUCAUCUCUCUUUGUUUCUUUGUGUAGCAAAUCAUGACAAACUUCUUCCAGGAUGGAGUCAUUUUGCACAAUUUACAAUUGCUGUUGUGAAUAAAGAUCCAAAGAAGUCUAAGUAUUCGGAUACAUUACAUCGGUUUUGGAAAAAGGAGCACGACUGGGGAUGGAAAAAAUUUAUGGAGCUGUCAAAAGUUUUGGAUGGGUUUAUCGAUGCUGACACUCUCAUUAUCAAAGCUCAAGUCCAAGUUAUUAGGGAAAGAGCAGAUCGCCCCUUUCGCUGCCUCGAUUGUCAGUAUAGAAGAGAACUUGUUCGUGUAUAUCUAACAAAUGUGGAGCAGAUUGCCCGCCGUUUUGUGGAAGAGAGGAGAGGCAGACUUAAAAGAUUAAUAGAGGAUAAAGCUCGAUGGCCGAGCUUCUGUGCGUUCUGGCUUGGACUUGAUCCAAAUGCAAGACGCCGCAUGUCUAGGGAGAAAACAGAAUCAGUUCUCAAAGUAGUUGUGAAACAUUUCUUUAUAGAAAAGGAAGUCACAUCUACUUUAGUGAUGGACUCCUUGCACAGUGGGCUAAAAGCCCUCCAAGGUCAAACUAAGAGCAACAAAGCUGAGGGAAUAUAUUUGGUUGAUGAAGAACCAUCAGUUCCCAUUGCUCGCAUGGAGAAAGACACAUUUAUUUUGGUGGAUGAUGUCUUACUACUACUUACGAGAGCUGCUGUCGAACCACUGCCGCCAAAGGAUGAGAAAGGUCCCCAGAACCGCACGAAGGAUGGUAGUUCUGGGGAGGACUUCUCUAAAGAUUCCAUUGUGCGUGACGAAAGGCGCCUUACAGAACUUGGUCGGAGAACAAUUGAAAUAUUUGUCCUAGCACAUAUUUUCAGUAAGAUUGAAGUUGCAUACCAGGAGGCUGUUGCUUUGAAGAGACAAGAGGAGCUCAUCCGUGAAGAGGAGGCAGCCUAUUUAGCUGGAAGUGAGAAAAAAAUGCGACGUGGUGUAGCUGACAAGGACAAAAAAUCCAAAAAGAAGCAGGGGAAACAGAAAAAAAAUAGUCGGAAGGUUAAGGACAAAGGAAGAUAUGAUAAGCCUGAUAAUGCUGUAGAGGACAAGCCGGAACAUGAAAGAAAUGACUUCUUAGUUGAAGAGUCAGAACCUGUUAGCAAACCCAUCCAAGUUGAAAAUGUUUCUGAUGUCUCAGAUUCAGUAGAUUGUUCUCUUGAAUUACCUCAGGCCGAUUCUGAAAAUGGAGAAUCCAGUCCUGUCAAUUGGGAUACUGACACAUCAGAAAUUCAUCCUACCACCGGAGCCAAUAGCAGUGGAAUUAGUGCUAUUUCAUCUGUACGGACUGAAGAAAGAAAAAGUCCUUCAGGAAUAGAUGAUAGUUCAUCUACAUGCUCAACAGACUCACUCCCAUCAGUAACAGCUAACGGGCCUUGUAAAGGAAGCUCACUUGUAAAACAAAACAGCCAAAAAUCAUCGUCAAGAGGAAGGAAUCUGAGGGUUAACGCCAUUCAAGAAGCAAGAGGACGUGACAUUGACUGUAAUAUUAAGCCAUCCAAUGCCUCUUCUGACCCAGGGCAGGUAAUUGAUUCAUCAGGAAAUGGAAAGGUGGCUAAACCAGAGAAGGCCGUCUCAAAUUCGUUACAGCAUCGGACUGAACAGGUGACAAAGAAGAAGGAAGUUGCGGGUCCUGAUAAGAAAUCGACUGUUACGGAGGUGACUGGUAUAAGAAAACCAAUUAAAGUAAAGACAACAACUACCCAAACCUCUCCUGGGAGACCAGUGAAGGAUCUGUCAUCUGCUCCUGAGUCAAAAUUACAGUUGAAGACUGCUUCCAGCAUUGACACUGUGUUGGUAAGCAAACAAUCUUCCCUAAGAGAUCAAAAGAGUGAUAAAAUGGCCAUUCCAGAAAUUUCAGCUGAAAGUGCAGUGCCAAGAGUCACUGAGAAAUCAAUCUCUCAGCAUAUUCCUUUCUCAUCCGAGAAGUCAAAAUGUGAGCGUCCGCCAGGUACAAGUGAAAAGCACAUAGCCCAGCAGGUGCCAGUCAAAAGUGAGAAGCCGAUGCCAACCCAACCAGGCAUUUUAAGGCCUUUAAGUGCACCUUUAAUUCCAGGGACUGAAGUGGGCACACCUGUUGUUCCUGUGGUCCAAACAGCACAGUCUCUGUCCCGUUCAGUGAGUGCAGCAGGCCGCUUGAACCGUGAUUCCUCGCCUGCAACCACUAGUCAUGUACCUCAGUCAUAUCGAAAUGCUAUGAUGGGAAACCAAUCUACUGCAAGUUCAACAGGUUACUCUCUCAGUCAGUCGUCAAAUUCAGAAGUAAAUUCGCAGCACUCUUACUUGCAGACAUCUUCUGUGAUAUCUCCACCGAUGUAUACACCCCAGAGCUCUCGUAGAUUGGACACAGAGUCAAUCCGAUCAGACCUUUUAUUCGGAAUGGUAAGUCAUGAUGUGCUGCAAAAUGUGCCUCAGUGGAUGGAGAACCAUAGAAUGGACAGCAGCAGAAGUAACAGCAUUCCUUUAAUACAUAAUGGGCCUCAAUGGAUGGAAGAUGUUCAACAGAAUACCAGCAGAAGCAUAAACAACGACCAUUCAUUGCAUAGUGACAUCCAAAACUUUGACAUGGUCAGGUCUGCACAGUCUAGAUCUCAAGAUCAGUUUCCUAUCGGAUAUCCUCCUGUUACAUCAGGGCGCCAGAACCCUGGUGUAUCCUCUGAUGAUUUUCCACAUCUAGACAUCAUUAACAACUUGCUAGAUGAUGAAAAUGGGAUUUUCAUGGCUGCAACCACAAGUUCAGGCUUUCAGACCUUCAGCAAUGGGCCUCAUCAUCUGAACCAGCAGCAGUUCACCUUUCCUGGUGAUUUUGGCCUUUCUGGUGAUUUGGGGCCCUCUGGUUCCCCCUUUUUUGAGCAAACUCAAAGUUACCAUGACGAUGACUAUUAUCAGAGUUACAACUUUGCUUCUGAUCAGUUCGACUCAAAUUGGAUUCACCAAGCUAAUCUACAACCUUACCAGAAUGAACAUAUCGAUGGGUUGGUACCAAAUCAAUGGCAGGUCGGUGAUUCUGAUCCAUCUUAUCUAAGCAUGAGAAGUUCAGAAAAUGAUAAUUUCUCGUAUCAUAUUCCUGAGUAUUCAAACUUGGUUUGUGGUACUAAUGGUUAUACUGUAUUCCGGCCUUCAAGUGGACAUUGAUAAAGAUUGCUGGACUAAAUCUUGUCACAAUGUCAGGUGCAUUACUCCGGUGUAAUGAAUAUAAAUAAUGUAAUUCGGAGGAAGAAGUGUUGGUUAUAGAUUUGGAGCUGAGGCUGCGACCUCUGUGCACGGAACCAUUUGUAAAGGAUGAUUUUGGUUUACUUUGUUUCUUUAGCAAAUAUAGACAUACAUGAAUUACUUUAGAUUCUAA